CUUUUUGGACAACCCCAACGCUCCCCUCUCCCUGGAGUAGCCGAAGCGAUAUCAUUAGUAGUCUCGUUUUAUAUUUAGGGGCCUCGCCACGCAAAUUCGAUUUCCCCGUACCACCGCCUCAAGAACCUUCCCCCCCUCCCCACCUUUCCUCUUCUCCCUCCUGGCUUUCUCUCCUCGGGGCUCGGGGUUCUCGAUUUCCGUCGGAUCGUGUUCUUGAUUUUCGAAAUAUAAUUCAUGUCACCUAAUUACAUGAGCCGCUCGGUGCAUAUAUGUGAAACAACAUGAGCAACCAAGGGGAAAUACACUGUCCACUGUGCAUGGAGGAGAUGGAUCUGACAGAUCAACUUUUGAAGCCUUGUAAAUGCGGAUAUGAGAUGUGCAUCUGGUGUUGGCAUCAUAUAAUAGAAAUGGCCGAGAAGGAUGAUACUGAAGGACGGUGUCCUGCAUGCCGUAGUCCAUAUGAUAAGGAGAGGAUACUUGGGAGGAAAAUCAGCAGUGAGAGGCUUGCAGAACUAAAUUCUGAGAAGAAGCAGAAAUUACAAAAGGCUAAAUUAAAAACAUCAGAAGUGCGAAGUGAUCUCACUACUGUCCGUGUCAUUAAGCGGAAUCUUGUUUAUGUUGCUGGUCUACCUGCUAAAAUAGCUGAUGAAGAGACCCUUAGGAAGAAGGAAUUUUUGGGACAGUAUGGGAAAAUUACAAAGAUUGUUAUAGCCCGGGAUGUUGGAACCAACCGGCUUUUUCCAUCAUUCUGCACUUCUGUUGUAUAUGUUACGUUUUCUAAGGAGCAGGAGGCUCUUCGUUGCAUUGAGGUUGUAAAUGGUUUCAUUUUAGAUGGUAGACCUUUAAAAGCAUGCUUUGGUACCACAAGAUACUGCCAUGCGUGGUUAAAGAAUAUGCCUUGUCGCAACCCACACUGUUUUUUUUUGCAUGAUGCUGGUCCCCAAGAAGAUAUCUGCAACAAAGAUGAAGUUGCUUCAGCAUGUCUAAGUAAACUUCCACAAAAUUCUGGAAAUGCUUUGCAUAAUUUUGAACGACGUUCAGGAAGUGUAUUACCUCCUCCAAGGGACCACUUCUGCAGGAGCAACAGUAGUGUUGCUAGGGACAAAUUUCUCAUCCGGUCUGUUGUUUAUACUCCUACCGAUAAUGGCAAAAGACAUUUUCAAAAUGGUGAUAGUGGAAAAUCUGAUGUCCUUCCAGUAGCGGCUUCAUGGGGCUCAAGACUUGCUUCUGGUAGGUCACCAUAUGCUGGUGUUGCUUUUUCCCAAGGAACAAUUGAUCAUCCUAUCGUUCCCACUAGUUCUCUUGCUGGAGUUGACAUACAAGCAUUGCCACAGAAUGCCUAUCCAACUCAAAGGCAAAUGAUCAUGUUAAGAAAUCAAAUGCCUCUUUCAAACGGGCACCUAAAAAAUAUUGCAUCAUCGGAACCAUAUGUUGAAAAUGGUUUUAGAGAAGAUACGGUUAUGCCAAAUUUCAAGUCAAGCAAUUAUACUAACAUAAUGACAAAUAAUACUGUCAGUGGAUCAUCUUUUGUUACAUGUAGAGAAGACAUGGAAUCAAGAAUCACCCAACCAUCACACUCCUCUGAUUCAGUUGGAUUUAGUCAGCAACCAUAUGCUUCUUUUUUCAGAUGAUAUCAAGUGUUUUACAAUGAUGGAAACUAGUCAGGCUUCAUCUUGU